AUGUUACUCGUCGAGAUAUUCAGAAAAAUAACACAUAUAGAAAACACAGAAAUUGGGAAGAAGACUGCCAAGCCAAAGAGCCAACCCACACCUAAGUACAAUGAGAUGAUCUGUGCUGCUGUGGGUGCUAAGGAGAGAUCUGGAUCAUCCAGACAGGCCAUCCUGAAUACAUCAGAGCCAACUACAAAGUCGGAGACAAUGUACAUCUUCAAUGCCCACCUUAAGCUUGCGCUGAAGGCUGGAGUGAAGAAUGGAAGCAUCAAGCAGUCCAAGGGAACCGGGGCUUCGGGCUCUUUCAAGCUUGGGGAGGUCAAAAAGGUUGCCAAAAAGGCAGUUAAGCCUAAAGCCGCCAAACCAAAGAAGGCCAAGACCCCCAAGAAAGCCAAGCCAGCUAAGAAGUCAGCUGCUGCAAAGAAGCCCGUAGCCAAGAAGGCCGCCAAGAAACCAGCUGCUAAGAAGGUGAAGACCCCCAAGAAGGCUGCUGACAAGCCCAAAAAGGCUGCAACCAAGUCACCAAAGAAGGUGAAAGCAUCCAAGCCAAAGAAGGCUAAGACACCAAAAAAGGCUGCCAAGAAAACAAAGCAGACCGCCCGUAAAUCAACCGGAGGAAAGGCUCCUCGCAAGCAGCUGGCUACCAAGGCCGCUCGCAAGAGUGCACCAGCCACUGGUGGAGUGAAGAAACCUCACAGAUACAGGCCCGGAACCGUCGCACUCCGUGAGAUCAGACGGUACCAGAAGAGCACCGAGCUUCUCAUCAGGAAACUGCCAUUCCAGCGCCUGGUCCGUGAAAUUGCUCAGGACUUCAAGACCGAUCUGCGAUUCCAGAGCUCUGCCGUACUUGCUCUUCAGGAGGCUAGCGAAGCUUACCUCGUUGGUCUUUUCGAGGACACAAACCUAUGCGCCAUCCACGCCAAGCGUGUCACGAUCAUGCCAAAGGACAUCCAGCUCGCUCGCCGCAUCCGUGGGGAACGUGCCUAGGCACC